GGGAGAGCGGAUAUAGUGAAUGCGGGGUCCGGGGAGACCGGAUAUAGUGAAUGCAGGGUCCUGGGAGACCAGAUAUAGUGAAUGCAGGGAGAGCGGAUAUAGUGAAUGCGGGGUCCGGGGAGACGGAUAUAGUGAAUGCGGGGGUCCGGGGAGACCGGAUAUAGUGAAUGCGGGGUCCGGGGAGACGGAUAUAGUGAAUGCGGGGUCCGGGGAGAGCGGAUAUAGUGAAUGCGGUGUCCGGGGAGAGCGGAUAUAGUGAAUGCGGGGUCCGGGGAGAGCGGAUAUAGUGAAUGCGGAUGUCCGGGGGAGAGCGGAUAUAGUGAAUGCGGGGUCCGGGGAGAGCGGAUAUAGUGAAUGCGGGGUCCGGGGAGA